CGAGGGGCGGCGGCCCAGCGGCGGGAGAUUCAAACCUGGAAGGAGCAACAUGGAAGGCGGAGGAGCGCGCCGGGGUCGGGAGGCCUAUGAACGCCUCACAGCUGAGGAGAUGGAUGAGCAGAGGCGGCAGAAUGUCGCUUAUCAGUACCUGUGCCGGCUGGAGGAAGCCAAGCGCUGGAUGGAGGCCUGCCUAAAGGAGGAGCUUCCUUCCCCGGUGGAGUUGGAGGAGGGCCUUCGGAACGGGGUGCUGCUGGCCAAGCUGGGCCAUUGUUUUGCACCCUCCGUGGUCCCCUUGAAGAAGAUCUAUGAUGUGGAACAACUGCGGUACCAGGCAACUGGCUUGCAUUUCCGGCACACAGACAAUAUCAACUUUUGGCUGUCUGCAAUAGCUCACAUCGGUCUACCUUCGACCUUCUUCCCAGAGACCACAGACAUUUAUGACAAGAAGAACAUGCCCCGCGUGAUCUACUGUAUCCAUGCUCUCAGUCUCUUCCUCUUCCGGCUGGGAUUGGCCCCUCAGAUACAUGAUCUCUAUGGGAAAGUGAAAUUCACAGCUGAGGAACUCAGCAACAUGGCCUCCGAACUUGCCAAAUAUGGCCUCCAGCUGCCUGCAUUCAGCAAGAUUGGGGGCAUCCUGGCCAAUGAGCUCUCUGUGGAUGAGGCCGCAGUCCAUGCAGCUGUUCUUGCCAUCAAUGAGGCAGUGGAGCGAGGGGUGGCCGAGGACACCUUUGCUGCCUUGCAGAAUCCCAGUGCUCUCCUGGGGAAUCUGCGGGAGCCUCUGGCGGCCAUCUACCAAGAGCUGCUGGCCCAGGCCAAGAUGGAGAAGGCUGCCAAUGCCAGGAACCACUUUUUGCAGGAUGACAGAGAAAGCCAGGACAUCUAUGACUACUACCUAACCCAGGCUGAAAUCCAGGGCAACGUUAACCAUGUCAAUGUCCGAGGUGCUCUAGAGGUUGUUGAUGAUGCCCUGGAACGACAGAGCUCUGAGGCCUUGCUUGAGGCCCUGCAGGAUCCUGCCCUGGCCCUGCAAGGGCUGAGGAGAGACUUUGCUGACUGGUACCUGGCACAGCUGAGCUCAGACAGAGAGCAGAAAGCCCAGGAGCUGGGCCUGGUGGAGCUUCUAGAAAAGGAGGAGGUCCAGGCUGCUGUGGCUGCAGCCAACGUGAAGGGUGAUCAGCAGCAAGCCAUGCUCCAGGCUGUGCAGCGGAUCAACAGAGCCAUCCAGAGGGGAGCAGCUGCUGAUACCGUGAAGGAGCUGAUGAGCCCUGCAGCCCAGCUGCCUCCAGUCUACCCCUUUGCCUCGGCUGUGUAUCAGCAGGAGCUAGCAGUGCUGCAGCAGCAACAGGGGGAGCUGGGCCAGGAGGAGCUUUUUGUGGCUGUGGAAAUGCUCUCAGCCGUGGUCCUGAUCAACCGUGCCCUGGAGGCAAGGGAUGCCUCCGGCUUCUGGAGCAGUCUGAUAAGCCCCGCCACUGGCCUGGCCGAAGUGGAAGGAGAAAAUGCUCAACGUUACUUUGAUGCCCUGGUAGAGCUGCGUCAUGUUCGUGGCAUAGAUGGGGCCUUCUUGAGCUGGAAUGACCUGCAAGCCACCCUGAGCCAGGUCAACUCCCGGGUCCAGGAGGAAACCGACCAGGUCCUCGCUGUCAGCCUCAUCAAUGAGGCUCUGGACCAGGGCAGCUCAGAGAAGACUUUCUCUGCCCUGCUGCUUCCUGCGGCUGGCCUGGAAGAUGUCAGCCUUCCUGUCGCUCCACGGUACCAUUUCCUCCUAGUGGCAGCCAAAAGGCAUAAGGCCCAGGUGACGGGGGAUCGUGGAGCUGUGCUGUGGCUGGAGGAGAUCCGCCAGGGAGUGCUCAGAGCUAACCAGGACACACACAUGGCUCAGAGAAUGGCCCUGGGUGUGGCUGCCAUCAAUCAGGCCAUCAAGGAGGGCAAGGCAGCCCAGACAGAGCGGGUAUUGAGGAACCCCGCCGUGGCCCUCCGAGGCUUGGUUCCUGACUGUGCCAGCAGCUACCAGCGGGCCCUGGAAGAUGCUGCAGCAAAGAAGCAGUGUCCAGGGGACACAGCUUUGUGGGUUCAACACAACAUGAAGGAUGGCACUGCCUAUUACCUCCAUCUGCAGACUUUCCAGGGGACCUGGGAGCAACCCCCAGGCUGCCGCCUCAACACCUCCCACCUGACUCGAGAGGAGAUCCAGUCCACUGUCACCAAGGUCACUGCUGCCCAUGACCGUCAGCAGCUCUGGAAGGCCCAUGUGGGCUUCAUCGUCAGGCUCCAGGCCCGCCUCCGAGGCUGCCUUGUCCGCCAGAAGUUCGCUGAGAGGUCUCGCUUUCUGAGGACCACGCUCCCAGCAGUCAUCAAGAUCCAGGCUCAUUGGCGGGGUUAUAGACAGCGGAAGACUUACCUGGAGCGAUUGCAAUAUUUUAAAACCAACCUGGAUGCCAUAAUCAAGAUCCAGGCCUGGGCCCGGAUGUGGACAGCUCAAAGACGGUACCUAAGACGACUACGCUACUUCCAGAGGAAUGUUGACUCUGUGGUGAAGAUCCAGGCGUUUUUCCGAGCCAGGAAAGUCCGGGAUGACUACAGGAUGUUAGUACACGCUGCCCACCCUCCCCUCAGCGUGGUGCGCAGGUUCACCCACCUCCUGAACCAAAGCCAGCAAGAUUUCUCAGCUGAGGCAGAGCUGCUGAAACUGCAGGAAGAGGUGGUCAGGAAGAUUCGCUCCAACCAGCAGCUGGAGCAGGACCUCAACCUCAUGGACAUCAAGAUUGGCCUGCUGGUAAAGAACCGCAUCACGCUGCAGGAGGUGGUCUCCCACUGCAAGAAGCUGACCAAGAAGAACAAGGAACAGCUGUCUGACAUGAUGGUUCUGGACAAGCAGAAGGGAUUAAAGUCGCUGAGUAAAGAGAAACGGCAGAAACUAGAAGCUUACCAACACCUCUUCUACCUGCUCCAGACUCAGCCCAUCUACCUGGCCAAGCUCAUCUUCCAGAUGCCACAGAACAAAACCACCAAGUUCAUGGAGGCAGUGAUCUUCAGUCUGUAUAACUACGCCUCCAACCUCCGGGAGGCCUACCUUCUGCUCCAGCUUUUCAAGACGGCACUUCAGGAGGAGAUUGAGUCAAAGGUGGAGCACCCCCAGGACGUGGUGACAGGCAACCCAACUGUGGUGAGGCUGGUGGUGAGAUUCUACCGUAAUGAGAGGGGACAGAGUGCCCUGCGGGAGAUCCUGGGCAAGGUUAUCCAGGACGUGCUGGAGGACAAAGUGCUCAGUGUCCACACUGACCCUGUCCACAUCUAUAAGAGCUGGAUCAACCAGACUGAAGCCCAGACAGGGCAGCGCAGCCAUCUCCCCUAUGACGUCACUCCUGAGCAGGCCUUGAGCCACCCUGAAGUGCAGAGACGCCUGGACAUCUCCCUGCGUAACCUCCUUGCUGUGACUGAGAAGUUCCUUGUGGCCAUCACUUCAUCUGUGGACCAAAUUCCGUAUGGGAUGCGAUAUGUGGCCAAAGUCCUGAAGACAGCCCUGGCAGAGAAGUUCCCUGAUGCCACAGAGAGCGAGGUCUACAAGGUGGUAGGGAACCUCCUGUACUACCGUUUCCUGAACCCGGCUGUGGUGGCUCCAGACGCCUUCGAUAUUGUGGCCAUUGCAGCGGGCGGCACCCUGGCUGCCCCCCAGCGCCACACCCUGGGGGCUGUGGCUCAGCUCCUGCAGCACGCAGCGGCCGGCAAGACUUUCUCUGGGGAGAGCCGGCACCUGCGGGUCCUGAACGACUACCUGGAGGAGACGCAUGUCAAGUUCAGGAAGUUCAUCUACAGAGCCUGCCAGGUACCAGAGCCAGAGGAGCGUUUUGCGAUGGACGAGUACUCAGACAUGGUGGCUGUGGCCAAGCCUGUGGUGUACAUCACCGUGGGGGAGCUGAUUAACACGCACAGGUUGCUGCUGGAGCACCAGGACUGGAUCGCCCCCGAUCCCCAGGACCCCCUGCACCAGCUCCUGGAGGACCUCGGGGAGCUUCCCACCAUCUCUGACCUCCUUGGGGAGAGCAUAGCUGCAGAUGGGCAUCCGGACCUGAGCAAGCUCGAAGUGUCCCUGACACUCGUCAACAAGUUCGAAGGACUAGGGGCAGACGCUGAUGACGCCAAUACCCAGAGCCUGCUUCUAAGCACCAAGCAGAUGCUGGCUGAUCUCAUACAGUUCCACCCUGGGGAAUCCCUGGAGGAGAUCCUGUCCCUCUCAGCUCCCAGGGAGCAGGAAGCAGCCCACAAGCGACUGAUGUGCCAGCGACAGGCCUGUGAGGCUCGGACCCCGGAACCACUGCGACGACACCGCUCGCUGACGGCUCACUCCCUCCUGCCACUGGCAGAGAAACAACGGCGUGUCCUGCGGAACCUGCGCAAGCUCCAGAGCCUGGGCUUGGUCAGUGCCAGCGACGGCUACCAGGCGCUAGUAGACGAGCUGGCCAAGGACAUCCGCAAUCAGCGCAGGCGCCGGCAGCGGCGGAAGGCAGAGCUGGUAAAGCUGCAGGCCACUUUCCAGGGCCUGAGUGCUAAGACGACCUUCUAUGAGGAGCAGGGUGACUACUACAGCCAGUACAUCCGGUCCUGCCUGGACCACCUGGCCCCCAGCUCCAAGAGUUCUGGGAAGGGGAAGAAGCAGCCAUCCCUGCAUUACACUGCCGCCCAGCUACUGGAGAAGGGUGUCUUGCUGGAAAUUGAAGAUCUCCCUGCCUCUCACUUCAGGAACGUCAUCUUUGACAUCACCCCUGGAGAUGAGGCAGGAAAGUUUGAAGUAAAUGCCAAAUUCCUGGGCGUGGACAUGGAGCGAUUUCAGCUUCACUAUCAGGACCUCCUGCAGCUCCAGUAUGAGGGUGUCGCCGUCAUGAAGCUGUUCAACAAGGCCAAAGUCAACGUCAACCUCCUCAUCUUCCUCCUCAACAAGAAGUUCUUGCGGAAAUGACAGGCAGCGGCUGCCAGCCAAGGCCCCCAAGUCCUUACUUGUGCUCUGCUUUAACACUAGCUCAUGACUCCGCUUGCCUGCAGACACCGGAGCUCAGCAUGUGCCGCCCUCACGGAUCUCACCCCAUCCCCAGCUGGAAGGGGUUGCCUGUCUGGCCACGGGACGUCCAGCUUCUCUUGGGUAGACGUUGCUCUACGUCCAGCCGUGGCUUUUCUGCACCACACAAGCACUCAAGUCUCCCAGCCAGGGGAGCAUAACUCACAUCUGCGCUUCACCUAGGAAAGCUGUUGCUCCGUGUCUGGUACUGCCCUCCCACGGCCCCCCCGGGAUGACAAGCACUGCCCCAGUGGCCUGGUUCCCUUCGACCCUCCUUCUCUCUGUGGACUCCCAGAGCCAGUGCCAGGCUCCCUGCCCCAGCUCCCCCUUCAUCCCAGUGGGUGUCUGGGCCCUGCUGAAGCCCAGGCCACUCCUAGCCCCCCACCCUCACCCUGGCAGGAAUCAAGUACAGAGCGUAUUGAUGCCCAUGUGGCCCUGGCUCCACUGUCCUCCCGUGAAGCUCAAAGCUCAUUUCCUUUUUUAUUGUCUGUUCUAUUUGUGGGCCACUAGGAUAUUUAUUCUGUCUCUCACCCCUGUAUUCCAGGUCAUUGUACAGCCUUAAUCAUGGUUUUGAUUGUUCCAUUUUUUUAGCUCAAAGAAAGUUCUCAAUUCCCUUUUUCAAACUAAUAUCCAUGCCUAUCUUCCCUACCUUGUAUUAAAGUCACCUUGAAUGGUGGCACAUACCUACAAUCCCAGUGCCUCAGGAGGCUGAGGCAGGAGGAUCAUAGGUUCUACAGCAGCCUGGGCAAUUUAGUGAGAUCUUAUGUCAAAAUAAAAAAUUUUAGAAAGGGCUGGGAAGGUGGCCUAGUGGUAGUAUACAUGCCUAGCAUGUGUGAGGCACUGGGUUCCAUCUCCAGCACCAAAAAAUAAUAAAAGAAUGAAGACCCUUAGGUGAGGGCAAUAGAAUUUCCAUUGUGUUUAAGAGCUCUUUAUCUCAACUUCCUACAGGGCAGAGAGCAGUCUCUCCCGUUCUCACUGACAGGACCUUUGGGCCUCAGAGCUGCUCUCCCAGCAGUCACUUUGAGAUCUGUCCUGCCUCGGCCACCGUCUCUGUCCACCCCAUGUCUUCCAGCUUCCUGUUGCCCUCUGAUUUCAUCUUAAUAAAAGUAGAUGUUCCCCCCA